AUGACACUGCUCUCACUCCCCAACGAACUGCUGCUCGAUGUUUUUUCGCACUUUGAGGACCCUCAUCUGCUAUUCACACUCUCGACUCUCUGCAAACGGCUUCAUCUCCUAGCCCUUCCACUCUAUCUCAGCCAAAUCGGCGUCUACGAAAGCCUCAGCCCUGGAGUGUGUAACAUUACAAUUGGACAGCACCGAACGGAAGCUUUGGCUGCCUUGCAAACUGCGCUUUUUCUCGAUGCGGUACAGACACUCUCAUGCACUUUGCCCCAUGCGAUGCAACUUGGUCAAGAUGUGAAGAGAUUGGCACGAGUAUGUGCGGCCCUGACCAGCGUCAACUCCGCGACAUUGCAUGUCAAUCCUCGAAAGUUUUUGGACGAUUCUUCCGGGGAUCUGAACCCCCUCUCUUUUGUGGACUGCCUUAAUUCGCUCCUGGAAAAAUCGUGCAGCAGCUUGACCGUGAAGAGUUUCCGAGACCGGUGGACCGACCAUAAGAGUAGACCUAUGCGGCGGGCUCAACAACCUUCGAGGGUGCUGAGUGCUGCUGCCCUGUCUCCCGCGGCAAUGCGAGCCAAAUCUUUGUCGACAUUCAAUAUUCAUUCCGAAAUUUUGGUCUUCCCGCACGUCCGUGCUUGGACGAUUGAUGUCCUCAACUCAUUUCCAAUUCGCGCCCUUUCUAUCAGCGCGCCGUUCCAGAUAGAAGAAAUAACGGACAUCCUUGCUGUAACAGAAAUUCCUACUCUCCUCACCCUCGCACUUCAUGAAAGCAGAAUCACGCCUGCCCAACUGCAUGCCUUCCUCGCCCGUCACCCGCAAAUCACACACCUUCGUCUCGAGAAGCUCAUAGUUCCCCCUCUCCACGAGCGGCUACCAUCCCGUGCCCUUGAAUCCAUCGUAACACUCACCGCCGGACCGACACAUGUUGCCUACUUGCUGCAUGCACUCAACCGCUUGCCUAGCACUCUUCAGUGCAUCAGAAUCCUCAGCUACAUGACGACAGUCGAUCUCCAAGGCGCAAACUCGUCGCUCCAUCAUGUUGUGUCUUUCCUUGCGGGAAUACCAGACCUGCGGCUCGUCCUCCCCGUCCCCGACAGCCUCCCCCCGCACUGCGCCCGACACCGGCCUUUGCUUCCCCGAUGCAGAGUCGGCAUUGCAUUUCGUCUCCAGGCUGGAGCUUGGCUUUCACGAAUGCAUCACCCCGAUCCCGCUGCUCAAGUUGCAGGACUACAUCGGGAAGUGGUGUGA